GUACGUGACGUCUGUGCCUGGUUGUGAUGACGGCCAUGAUGGACGACUGAAGUAAACAACCUAACUAGCGACAGAAAUGGAGACCUGUGUGAGAAUUUAACGAAGGAAGUGGCCUGCGAACAUCAGAAGUAAGAAGAAUGGAACAAGGAGUGGUGGAUAGCCCUGUGAUCCUGGUCAUCAAAGCACCUGAUCAGAAGUAUGAUGACCAGACUAUUAACUGCUUCCUGAACUGGACAGUAGAGAAACUGAAGACCCACCUUUCUAAUGUUUAUCCAAGCAAGCCUCUCUCGAAGGAUCAGAGGUUGGUGUACUCUGGAAAACUGCUCCAAGAUCACUGCAAACUCAGAGAUGUGCUCAGAAAGCAGGACGAGUUCCACAUGCUGCAUUUGGUGUGUGCUUCACGUAGUCCGCCCCCCUCACCCACCGCAUGCCGGAGGAGCGGAGGCAGCGGCCCCCAGCCAAUGACCCCUGGAAGCCCUUUCCCUGGUACUAACAGCCAAUCAGCUUAUACAGACGAGACCCUAGACAGGCUGACACAGGAUGCGGGACACGUCUACAACCACGCAUCCCCACAAGGAUAUGCAUGGGCCACGUGGAUGAGCGGGCACAGGCCAGACGUGCCCCACUACCCGCUGUACCCGCCCAGGACUCUGCUCUGGUGGCAGCAGCUCUACACUUGGCACUACCACAUGAGCUAUCAAACAUGGGCCGCCACAACCCUUUGGCCAUCACAGCAGCCCGCCCCUGUCCCAGCUACCCCACCCACAGAGGGGCAGGGCGCUGCCCGUGACGUCCCCCAGAACGCCCCAGUUGGGGAGGGGCAGAACGAGGAGGAUGUGAACCGUGAUUGGCUGGACUGGGUGUAUACGGCGUCGCGAGCUGUCAUUCUUCUUAGCAUUGUGUAUUUCUAUUCGUCCUUUAGCCGAUUCGUCAUGGUGAUGGGGGCCAUGUUGCUGUUGUAUCUGCAUCAGGCUGGCUGGUUGCCCUUUAACCUGGACAAUGAGCUCCAGGACCUCGCAGACCUGGCCAAUCAGGACGAGCCGAAUGCUGAGAACCACAAUGACUUGCAGGACAUGGAAAGGCUGGCAGAUGAAGACGAGGAGGAGGAGCAGAGAGGAGACCGGACAGAAGUUGCGGAGGAAGGGGGGAUGAACGCAGGCUUCCUCUCCUCCGCCUGGUCCUUCAUCACCACGUUCUUUGCCUCUCUAAUUCCUGAAGGCAUUCCCAAUGCUGUAAACUGACUGUCCCCAACCUCAGGGCCUCCACUGAAGCCCACACUGACCCCAUAUGGGCCCCUCCCCUGCUCACUGCCCUUCUCGUCCAAAGCCCUUCAGAACUGACAAACACCUGUUAGUGGUUCAGGUGUGGAAGCGACCGAGAGCACACAUGGACCAGCCUCCCCAGGUGGGGCUGUGAUGGCGUCUCGUACAAGUCUUGAACAAAUACACACCCAUUCAGGCAGUAUUGCAGGAGGGAUGGAGUUUGCGUAGCUGGGACUAGCAGAGAUUCAUGGAGCCUCCUCCUGGGAUAGAUGAAGCCUUGCUCUCUGGCCCGAUGCAUUUCACGCCUCCUAUAAGCUCAUUUCAAAUGGAGGAAAAAUAUUUUUAAGCGCAUUUUAUAAGUCUGUUUAGUAAUUCCCUUUCUAUCUUAUUUGAGAGGCUCAACACGUUAUGGAGAACAAACUCCAUAAAGCGCAGGUGCACGUGUCCUUGUUUUUAAAAACUAGCACUUAAAACAUUUGUUUUCCCCAUAAAAUUGAACAGUUUUGGAUUAAAAAAAACUUUAUUACCCCCUUUACCUUUGGUUCUGUUAUUUAGUAAGAAGCAGCUUUGAAAUUCCAAUACCAGCGCAAGGCACAUAGUAAAAAGCAGUACUAACAUGAACUAGCUAGUAAAGACAUCCAUGUCAUUCAGGAGACACUGACUACAGACGAUGUCUGACAAUCAUGAAACAUUAGCUGGGAAUUUCAUCCCAAAAAGUUCAAAUGUUAACUACCAUUCUCCUUGUUUUCAUGGACACAUGGUGGGGAAAUAUCAGCGCCAUCCAUGCAUAGUUCAAAUGAGGCUUCGCCUACUGACAGGGCAGAAUGCAGUAUGACAAAUAAUUUGUUAAUUGGAUUGUGAAUCUGAGCCACAUUCUUUCUUUCAUGAUUUCAGACAGGUACUGGACAGCUGAACUUCAUUUUGGUUCACGCUGUUGUCUACUAAACGAGUCAUAUUAUUCUCGUGUCAUCCGGAGGCCUGUUUGGAAAUGGCUGACAUUUCCCUCAGCGCUCUUUGCUAUGAAAGGCUUUUCACACAGGGAUGGAAAAAUGUCAUCCGAGGACUCGGUAUUUGUGAAACUGAAUGUGAAGGUAUCGGUCCAUUCCCCCGUAAACAUGUGGUCCAAAAAAUUGCAAGCCAAUUUGUGUCCUAUUAUUAAAAUUCCAUUAGCAUAAACAAAGUUAUACAAGGCAGUGACGUUUACACUGACAGAGUUUCUUUAAGAAUGGCCGCCAAAUUUGUUUUUACAGGUUAGUGGGACUAUGAAUAACACUACAACUAAACGCACAAAGGUGUAGUUUAGAGACCACUGAAGAGGUUCUGUGAGACGGCUAAUACAAAUUGUGCCAUGUUUGGCAGUGGACGUUUCGUGUUAGGCGUCUCAUAGAUUUUCUUCUGUCAGGACUAUUGUUGGCUGAUUUGGUUCGUGUGGUGGACCACGUUAAACUUACUCAGGCUCCUGUGCCUUGACAUACUCGCAGCGAUUCUGCUGCCUCCGCCAUGGUCCUGCUAGAACAGUUACUUCUAGGUUAAAAAUGUCCUGCCACUUACAAAACUCACCCACACACAUACAGAUAAUAAAUUGCCAAGUGGAUGUGGGUGCAAGGUAACUCCUUAAAGUGGGUGUAGACUGUCAAAUGGCAAAAUUGCAGCGUAGCAAGAAUGUCAGCGAGCACUGGACACGACUGAACGUGUAUACCAAAGCUGUUAAAUCCAAGAUAGUUAUUUACCUCUUGAGAGCCAAACAGACAUAUGUUAAAAGCACCGUUAGUCAUCACCUCAAGCCAACAUUACAAUUACUGACUUAACGAAAGUGCUUUUCGCACCAGCAGGUCUGGCCCUCAAAUGAGAAACACUAUACUUUUGUGAUAUUUGAAUUUCCCAGCACAAGCAAUGCGCACAAUAUUACUUCUGUUCUUUAAACAGAAAACAACAUAAAGUUAUAAAGUCUGUCAGCCUCCGAAUACGCAUAUAUACAUACACCUCCCACUCCCACAAAUAUCGAUCAUGUACUGUGUGUACUACAGCAGAAUGGAUCCACCUUGCUAUGUGUGGGUGUGCACCAAAAAAUAUGUAGGCCUGGUAUUUUUCAUUCAAGUUCAGGCAAACGGUUAACAGGUGGUAACAGCCGGUCUGAGUAAGAUGGCAGUGCACAGCAUCAUGCAACACUCAUCGUGUUUGUGGGGGAAUGAAUGAUGACUAAUGUCCAUGUGCUAUGUAAUUCUAAUCCCAAUAUAAAGAUUAUUUUAGCAAA